GUAAUAAAAAGCCUCAAGUUUCAUAUACGGUACAUACAUGUGAAACACACCGUGGCAAACAGGAUCCGAUCAAAGACUCCUCUAUCUCGUUAGAAAAAAAAAUGCAAUGCAAAUAAGAGUUUAGGGUCGCGGCAUGUGCUGAAAAAUACUGAAAGUAUACCCCGCAUCAGUAUUCCAAUUUGCCCUCCCAAAAAAGAGAAUAUAUACUCAGAAGAAAACGUGCUAGACAUUGAACUGAAGUACUUCCUCCAUCCCAAAUUAUAAGUCAUUAAUCUUGAAGAGUUAAAAAAAAAAACAAGGAUGUACUGAACCGUCUGCCAUGUCAUCACACAGCCACGUCAUGGUGGCCUGUGGAGCCGACGCCCGAGGCAGACGGAACGGUUGUGAUCCCACGGCCUGCCAGCCUUAAAGCGGAAGCAUCCAUCCACCAUCCUCGUCCCCAAGCUCCGGCUCCCGCUCCGGCAGUUAUCAGUCGCCUCCGCCACGCCACCGGCUCACCACCUCAAAACGCCCCACCCCCAGUCCCCACACCUCCCACUCCCCUCCCCUCCCACGCAGCGCACGCCGGCCUUGCGUUGCGUCCCCUCCGACCCCCGGCUCCCCUCCUCCCCGUCCCCGCGCCGCAGAUCGGGACGAGGGAGCGGCGGAAUGGUGAGCGCGUCCAGCCUCCUGCUCCCGUCCUCCCUCCGCGACCUCGCCUCCUGCGUCUCCGACGGCGCCGUCCGCGUCGCCUGCACCACGCCAUCCUCCACCCUCACCGCCCGCACCUCCUCCUCGUCCUCCUCCUCCUCCUCCGCCUCCCCCUCCACGCUCUCCGUCGCCGUCUCGUACCGCGCGACCCCGCAGUCGCCGACCUCGCCGCCGCUCCUGCUCCGCCUCACCUGGUCCCACACCCCGCUCGGUCCCCCGACGCUGUCCUUCGCCGGGCCCACGGCCUCCUCCCCCGCCGUCCUCCUCCGCCGCCGCAAGGGCACCCGUUCCCUCCCCGCGCUCGCGCUCUUCUGGGACCUCACCGCCGCCAGGUACGCCGCGUCAUCCCCGGAGCCGGUCUCCGGGUUCUACGUCGUGGCCGUGGCCGACGCCGAGGUGGUGCUGGCCGUCGGCGACCUGGCGGCCGAGUUCGUCAAGGCCAAGUUCGAGGGCCAGAUCCCCAAGGCGCGGUCCAUCCACGCCGUGUCGCGCGCCGACCGCGUCGUCGUCGCCGCGCCGCCGCGGCCUGGCGCCGCCGCCACCACGGCCGUGCACGCCGCAAGGGUGCGCUUCGCGGAGGGCGCGCCGGAGCACGACGUCACCGUGGGCUGCUGCUGCAGCUCCUCCUCCUCCUCCUCGACCAGGGCCGGCGCUGGGGAGCACGGGGAGGAGGAGGAGCUGUGGGUCAGCGUGGACGGCAAGCGCGCCGUGCACGCGCGCCGCCUCCGCUGGAACUUCAGGGGCAACCAGACGGUGUUCGUGGACGGCGCGCCCGUCGACGUGCUCUGGGACCUCCACGGCUGGUGGUUCCGCGACCCGCCUGGGUGCGCCGUCGUCAUGCUCCGCGCCAGGACCGCGCUCGAGAGCAGGCUCUGGCUGCAGGAGGAGGCCCAGGCGCCUGCCUUCGCGCUCCUCGUCCAGGCCUUCAAGACGCCGCCUUGAGUUUUUUUUUCUUCUUCGUCCUCGUGAGGUCAAAAUCGAAAUGCUCGCUCACUGCUGCUUCAAUUCAGCGGCCUGCUGCUUAAACUUGCUACCUGCCUUUUCACUUGGAAAACCAAAACAAACCAGGCCAAUCCAAUCCAACAAGGGAAUGGGAAUGGUUGAUGUUGACAGUUUACAAUCGAAUCGAAUUUGGUAUACAAAAUUGGAAAGGGAAGAUGAGAGGAGAGAUUGCUUUGUGUUGUUGCUUGGAUCAUCGUCUUGCUUCUUUUGGUUUCUGCUUCUCUUUUUCUUUUUCUUUAUGGAUAAUUUUAGCUGUGUACUCGUAUAGUUUAACAAAAAAAAAACACUAUACUACAAUACUAGUAUCAUAGAGUGUGUCUUGAUUCAGCAGGUUGCUGCUUGUACACUAGAAAUCAGAAAUUCAUCUUCAUGUUUGCCUCCGUAUCUUCUGCUCGUCCCUGUUUCUAUGCAAUGUAGCAGUAACAGUAAUACAACUGCUUUCUACCAGUGCAGUGCAUAUCUGCAUAUGUAUGUAUGUACAUUCCUGCACAUUGCCAUCAAAAACAUAUUGCUUGCA